AUAAUUAGGUACAUUUGACUUUGUAUACAUACACUUUUUCAUUUUCAUGACCAGGUAGAUAAUUUAGAAAGCGUCUUCGCAACUUAACUAUUAUGCGAUAAUUCCGAUGAUGUUCGUCUUUAGCUAUGGAGGACCAAAUUCCAACGAAAUUUCGAACGCAUACUCAGCUGGUGAAGAAAACUACUUUGUGACCAACCGUCAAUACAUCUACGCCUCCAUUGACGGAAGAGGUUCUGGAAAGAAUGGGGAUAACUUGAUGUUUGAAGUAUAUCGAAGACUGGGAACGGUUGAGAUGGAAGACCAAAUUGAGGUGACCAAAUAUUUACAUAAGCACUAUAAAUAUAUAGAUGCGAAUAGAACAGGAAUUUGGGGUUGGAGCUAUGGUGGUUUCGCAACCCUUUCGAUCUUAGCAAAGGAUACAGAAAAUGUAUUUAAAUGGGGGCUAGCUGUUGCGGCUGUAACCAGUUUUAGGCUUUACGAUACCAUUUACACCGAAAGGUAUAUGGGAUUACCGACCAAAGAUGAUAAUGAACAAGGCUACAACAAUACCGAUCUCACACGGUCGGUUGAAGCUUUCCGAAAUAAAUUAUUUUUCAUUGUUCACGGUAACGCAGACGACAAUGUUCACUACCAGCAAUCAAUGGUACUAGCAAGGGCGUUAGAGAAAGCAGAUGUUAUGUUCCUUCAACAGAGUUAUCCGGAUGAAGAUCAUUCGAUUGGAUCUGUGCGCCCUCAUCUAUACCACACCAUCGAUAGAUUUUUUGAUCGUGGUUUUCGUUCAGGAAUUAGUGGGAACAAAGCACCUAACUUGCGGAGAAGGAGGAGGACACGUUUUUGAUAAAUAUAUUGUUUUUAGGCAACUCGAUUGACAGUUGCAAUAUCUUGUGUGUUGUAUCGUAUCAUCGCAUAAUUUGUAGCGUUUUUUAAGUCAACAAUAAAGGCA